GCAAUAAAUGAACAGGCCCAAGCCCAGCCGACAGCUGCUAGCGGUAACCGUCGCCUCACUUCCGCAGCACCGGCGCGGCGACUAUUAGCUAUAGCCGAGUAGGCGCAGCCGCGCACGGCGCACCCCUCGUGUUCCCUUUUCGUCCUUGUUCCUCAACGUCGCCGGUGCGCCCGCCUCCUGCCUCUCUCCCCCUGCGAGCGAUCGUGAGGGGAUCGGGAUGGCCUCCCACCAUUCCGAGCCCCUCGACCCCGCCGACGCUGACGACCCCUCAGAUAACAACCCAGAAUUACCAUGCCCCUCCUAUCAUAUCGUUACCAAACCUGGUCAACUCCCAGUCGAGUUUCUUGAACCCUCAGCUGCCCAGAAGUUGGUAAUUGGAUUUGACUGUGAAGGUGUUGAUCUCUGCCGCAAUGGUGCUCUCUGUAUUAUGCAGCUUGCAUUCCCUGAUGCUGUUUACCUAGUUGAUGCUAUUGAGGGUGGAAAAGAACUUAUUCAAGCUUGUAAGCCCGCACUUGAGUCUGAUCAUAUCACCAAAGUUAUUCAUGAUUGUAAAAGGGACAGUGAGGCUUUGUAUUUUCAGUUUGGCAUAAAACUGCAUAAUGUGAUGGAUACACAGAUUGCUUAUUCUCUGAUAGAAGAGCAGGAGCAGGAAGGAAAAAAGAUGACAUCUGAUGAUUACAAUUACAUAUCUUUUGUCAGCCUUCUUGCUGAUAAACGAUACUGUGGCAUACUAUAUCCUGAAAAGGAAGAAGUCCGUACCCUUCUAAGGCAGGACCCUAACUUUUGGACAAUUAGGCCCUUGUCUGAUAUGAUGGUUCGAGCUGCCACAGAUGAUGUCCGCUUCCUUCUCAGUAUAUAUGCGAAAAUGAUGGAAAAGUUAAGCAAAGUAUCUUUAUGGCGUCUGGCAGUUCGCAGUGAGCUGUACUGUAGGUGCUUUUGCUUAAGCGACAACCAGUUUGCAGAUUGGUCACCUCUUCCUCCUGUCCCUGAUGAGAUAGACACCUUCCGCGCACUGGAUCUGCACGUGUGCAGCCACCUGGAUCCUGUUGACGCCAUCUGGAUGAAAGGGGAGUACAUGGAUGGCCACCUAGAAUGGGUCACAACAAUGACCAGCGGAGGCGCCAGUGGCGGAUCCAGGAUUGGAUCAAAGCAGGGGCUAUAAGUUAAAUCAUGUUUGGCGGAGCCACCAGCGGCCAUUUUAGGGGUAAGUGCCACGACGAUGUUCUCGCAGGCCUGAUGUACUAGUGUGCUGCAGCAGGUCUGCCAUGGUGCUGCUUGAGCAGGGGCGAAACCAGGAUCCAAAAUUAGGGGGGACCAAAUUAGAUUAAGGAGGUUGUUAGAAGCAUUUUUUGCACUAUUUACAUGCAUGAGAAUUAG